UCCAAGACCACCAACAUGUUGGACCCAUCUUCCAGUGAGGAGGAAGCGGAUGAGAUGGUAGAAGAAGAACGCAAAGAGGUGUUGGCACCAAAUACCGGGGGCGCACGGGUGUCACCCAGCCGGACCACCGAGAGUUCUGGUGGGCUCCAGCCCUCGAGCCGGGGAAGCAGUGCUCGCCCAUCCAGCCCUAGCCCCUCGGUGGCCAGCGAUAAGGAGAAAGAUGAUCUGGAAAAGAUGCAGAGGGAGGAGGAAGAGCGAAAGAAGAGGCUCCAGCUCUAUGUCUUUGUAAUGCGCUGCAUUGCCUACCCUUUUAAUGCCAAGCAACCCACCGACAUGGCCAGACGACAGCAGAAGAUCAGUAAGCAGCAGCUACAGACAGUGAAGGAGCGUUUCCAGGCCUUCCUAAGUGGUGACACCCAGAUAGUGGCAGACGAGGCCUUUAUCAAUGCAGUCCAAAGCUACUAUGACAUAUUUUUGAAAAGUGACCGUGUGUGCCGGAUGGUCCAGAGCGGAGGCUGCUCGGCCAGUGACUCGCGGGAGGUCUUCAAGAAGCACAUUGAGAAGCGUGUCCGCAGCCUGCCCGAGAUCGACGGUCUGAGUAAAGAGACGGUGCUCAGCUCCUGGAUGGCCAAGUUUGACACCAUCUACCGUGGAGAGGAGGACCCCAGGAAGCACCAGCAGCGGAUGACAGCCAGCGCAGCCUCAGAGCUCAUCCUCAGUAAGGACCAGCUCUACGAGAUGUUCCAGUCCAUCCUGGGCAUCAAGAAGUUUGAGCACCAGCUCCUCUACAACGCCUGCCAGCUUGAUAACCCAGACGAGCAGGCUGCUCAGAUCAGGAGAGAGCUGGACGGACGACUGCAGAUGGCAGAUCAGAUCGCCAGGGGCGCCAGGUUUCCCAAGUUUGUUUCCAAAGAGAUGGAGGCCAUGUUCAUAGAGGAGCUGAGAUCCUCAGUGAACCUGCUUAUGGCUAACCUGGAGAGCAUGCCCGUGUCCAAGGGAGGAGAGUUCAAACUGCAGAAGCUCAAACGAGGACACAACAGCUCUAUCAUAGACAUGGGCCAGGAGGACGAGAACACACUGUCCAAGUCUGAUGUGGUGCUCUCCUUCACUCUGGAGGUGGUGAUUGUGGAGGUUCAGGGGUUAAAGUCUCUGGCGCCCAAUCGAGUCGUCUACUGCACCAUGGAGGUGGAGGGGGGGCAUAAGCUCCAGACUGACCAGGCCGAGGCCUCCAAGCCAACCUGGGGGACCCAGGGGGACUUCACUACCACACACCCCCUGCCAUCUGUAAAGGUGAAGCUGUUUACUGAGAGCACAGGAGUACUGGCCCUGGAGGACAAAGAGCUGGGCAGGGUUGUGCUCCAUCCCACCCCCAACAGUCCCAAACAGUCAGAACUGCACAAGAUGUCCGUGUCCAAAGGCUGCCCUGACAGUGACCUGAAGAUCAAACUGGCCAUCCGCAUGGACAAGCCACAAAACAUGAAGCACUGUGGGUACCUAUGGGCUAUUGGUAAAAAUGUGUGGAAGAGAUGGAAGAAGAGAUUCUAUGUCUUGGUGCAGGUGAGCCAGUACACCUUUGCCAUGUGCAGCUACAGAGAGAAGAAGGCAGAGCCUAUGGAGCUGCUCACACUGGACGGCUACACUGUAGACUACACCGACCCUCAGCCAGGUCUGGAAGGUGGGAGGACCUUCUUCAACGCAGUGAAGGAGGGCGACACUGUGAUCUUUGCCAGUGAUGAUGAGCAAGACCGUAUCCUGUGGGUCCAGGCCAUGUAUCGGGCCACGGGCCAGUCCCACAAGCCUAUCCCCCCCACCCAGGUCCAGAAACUCAACAACAGAGCCGGUUCUGCGCCCCAGCUAGACGCACCCAUCUCCCAGUUCUACGCGGACCGGGCACAGAAACACGGCAUGGAUGAGUUCAUCUCAGCCAACCCCUGUAGUUUCGACCACUCUUCCCUAUUUGAGAUGGUCCAGCGCCUCACCUUGGACCACAGGCUCAAUGACUCUUACUCCUGUUUGGGCUGGCUCAGUCCAGGCCAGGUGUUUGUCAUGGAUGAGUACUGUGCUCGUAAUGGUGUGCGGGGGUGUCACAGACACCUGUGUUACCUGGGCGACCUGCUGGAGCGGGCGGAGAACGGGGCUAUGAUUGACCCCACCCUGCUACACUACAGCUUUGCUUUCUGUGCCUCACACGUCCACGGCAACAGGCCUGACGGGAUAGGGACGGUGACUGUGGAGGAGAAGGAGCGCUUUGAGGAUAUCAAGGAGAGGCUGCGUGUUCUGCUGGAGAACCAGAUCACACACUUCAGGUACUGUUUUCCAUUUGGUCGACCGGAGGGGGCCCUGAAAGCCACUUUGUCCCUGCUUGAGAGGGUGCUGAUGAAGGAUAUCGUCACCCCUGUGCCCCAGGAGGAGGUGAAGACAGUCAUCCGUAAAUGUCUGGAGCAGGCAGCCUUGAUCAACUACCAGCGCCUCUCAGAAUAUGCCAAAGUAGAAGGGAAAAAGAGAGAAAUGUAUGAGCAUCCUGUCUUCUGCUUGGCGUCUCAAGUGAUGGAUUUAACCAUUCAGAAUGUAGGGCGCUUAGUCACCCCUGCCAAAAAGCUGGAGGACACCAUACGUCUGGCCGAGCUGGUCAUCGAGGUCCUCCAACAGAACGAGGAGCAUCACGCAGAGGCAUUUGCGUGGUGGUCAGACCUGAUGGUGGAGCAUGCAGAGACUUUCUUGUCUCUGUAUGCAGUGGACAUGGAUGAUGCACUGGAGGUUCAGCCCCCUGACAGCUGGGACAGCUUCCCUCUCUUCCAGUUGCUCAAUGACUUUCUGAGGACCGACUAUAACCUGUGCAAUGGACAGUUCCACAAACACCUGCAGGACCUAUAUGCCCCACUGGUGGUGCGAUAUGUGGACCUCAUGGAGUCAUCCAUCGCCCAGUCCAUCCACAGGGGCUUCGAGAGAGAGUCCUGGGAGCCUGUCAAUAACGGCUCGGGGACGUCAGAGGACCUGUUCUGGAAGCUGGACGCUCUACAGACCUUCAUCAGAGACCUGCACUGGCCUGAGGAGGAGUUUGGCAAACACCUGGAGAGUAGGCUGAAACUCAUGUCCAGCGACAUGAUUGAGUCCUGCAUCAAACGGACGCGGGUGGCCUUUGAAGCCAAGCUCCAGAAGAGCAGUCGGACCACAGACUUCCGGGUGCCUCAGUCCAUCUGCACCAUGUUCAACGUGAUGGUGGAUGCAAAGGCCCAGUCAGCCAAGCUGUGUGCCAUGGAGCUGGGACAGGAGAGACAGUACCAUUCCCAAAUUGACGCUCUCAUAGAGGAGACUGUGAAGGAGAUGAUCACCUUACUGGUAGCAAAGUUUGUGGUCAUUCUAGAUAGUGUCCUAGCCAAACUGUCCAGAUAUGACGAGGGCACUCUCUUCUCCUCCUUCCUCUCUUUCACAGUGAAAGCUGCCUCAAAGUAUGUGGAUGUACCUAAGCCUGGGAUGGAUGUUGCCGACGGUUACGUGACCCUUGUGCGCCAUUCUCAGGACAUGCUGCGGGAUAAGGUCAAUGAGGAGGUUUACAUAGAAAGGUUAUUUGAUCAAUGGUACACCAGCACCAUGAACCUCCUGGGUACGUGGCUAACUGACCGGAUGGACCUGCAGCUCCAUGUCUACCAGCUGAAGAUCCUAAUCAGAGUAGCCAAGAAAAAGUACCGUGACUUCCGGCUGCAGGGCGUCCUGGACUCCACGCUGAACAGUAAGAUGUAUGACACGGUGAGGAACAGAUUGACCCUGGAGGAGGCCACAGCAUCGGUGAGGGAAGGAGGGAUGGCGGGCAUAUCCAUGAAGGACAGUGAUGAAGACGAUGAUAAUGUCUAGAUCAACCUCACGGGAUGAAGGGGCCAUUCGCAUCCGUCUUAACCUGUGAAUCAAUGCAUGUACUGUACCUACCAACUGUGUUAUUUUUCUCUGUCAGAUAGAAAUACCCACAAAGGAACAAAAAUACAAAUUAAUAACUGAAUAUAGAAAUUAUAAUGAUAUUGGUAUAGUAUAUAGUAUAUUAUAAUUAUUAAAUAUAUUUAAUUGUUUAACUAAAUUGUAGGUGUUUUAUGAAAAAAGUUAGCGGAGAUUUCUGGCUCAUUCUCCUAAAUCCACUCCUUAAUGUUCCUAAGCAAUAUGGAGAACCAUGUGUAUGUGGUGUUGAGUAAAAUGAUUGGGGGUAAUGCUUGGUGUGUCCAUGUUGAAUGCAAACCUGUUGAGGCGCUUUGUUAACGUACUGUGAAAACAGUAAUGGUACAUCAUUGUGAGGAGGAGAGUAGGACCUCCUAUUGUUCUUAUUCCUCUCAGAGCAAAUGUCUACUGCCUAAAGGGAACCAAACCACAGUCAGACAGACAACCUGUUUGUAUCUAGGUUGCAAUACAUUAUAAAACGUAGCUAUCCAUCCUCUUAACAACAUCAAUGUAGAAUUGACUUUUGUCGACUGAAUUCAGUACUACUACAAAAUGUUCCCUCACUGGUAAAACAUUUAGCCCCCUUUUUAAACAAUGUCGUUUUUUAAAAUGCAAUAUUUUCAUUGUUUCGUUGUUAUAGCUUGUGGAUGUAUUUAUUGAUCAUUUUAUGUUUAAAAAAAAUAUAUAUAUUUUUUUUUUUUUU